AUUUACUACGAGGCUGCAGGUGAAAUGCUGUCUCGUCUUGUGAGUUGUUGAGACAGAGUUCAGUUGUUUGAAACACUGGCGUCUUCAAGUGACUAGAAUGGAACGACCGAACUAGACCGCGGGAAGUGAUCUUCAACAGAGGCCCCUGCAGGAAUGGAGAACGGAGGCUCGAUGAACUUGCUAGACUACGGGGAGGCGUUGUGGGAAAAUGCAGAGAAGAACCGGUACAUCUUGUGCCGUUUCGUCAACCCCAACAAGCUGACCUCGUAUCUACGGCAAUGCAAGGUCAUCGACGAACAAGACGAAGACGAGGUGCUCAACUCUCGCCUGCUGGAGUCCAAAGUCAACCGAGCAGGUCGGUUGUUGGAUAUCCUGCACACAAAAGGAGAGCGAGGCUAUGUGGUUUUUCUAGAGAGUCUAGAGUUGUACUACCCUGACCUCUACAAACUCGUCACGGGGAAAGAUCCUACACGCAGAUGUUCCACUAUAGUCGUGGAAGAGGGCCAGGAAGGGCUAAUACAGUUUUUAAUGAAUGAAGUCAUAAAGCUUCAGCAGCAGUCCAAGGCUAAAGACGUGCAGCGAGUGGACAUCAUGACCAAAUGCCGCACACUAGAAGAUGAGCACAAGAAGCUACGACUGGCCAACCAGGAGCUGCAGGCUUUCCAAGAACGCUACAAUAAGAUGAAAGAAGAGCGUAAUAACUAUAACGAUGAACUUAUUAAGGUGAAGGAUGACAACUAUCAGCUAGCUAUGCGAUAUGCCCAGCUCAGCGAGGAGAAGAAUAUGGCGGUGAUGAGGAGCCGCGACCUUCAGCUAGAGAUUGACCAACUAAAGCACAAGUUGAACAAGGUGGAGGAGGAGUGCAAAAUGGAAAGGAGGCAAUCUCUGAAAUUGAAGAAUGACAUUGAGAAUCGACCUCGGAAAGAGCAGAUAUUUGAGCUGGAGCGAGAGAACGAGGUCUUGAAGAUCAAACUCCAGGAGCUGCAGUCCAUCAUACAGCCCGGCCCUCUACCUGAUUCAGACAAGGCCAUCUUGGAUAUCCUGGAGCAUGACCGACAGGAGGCUCUGGAGGAUCGCCAGGAGCUAGUCAACAGACUCUAUAACCUGCAUGAAGAGAUCCGACAGGCCGAGGAGCUCCGUGACAAGUACCUGGAAGAGAAGGAGGACCUUGAAUUGAAGUGCUCCACUUUGGUGAAGGACUGCGAAAUGUACAAGAACCGCAUGAAUACGGUCAUGGUGCAGCUGGAAGAGGUUGAACGUGAGCGGGAUCAGGCUUUCAAGUCAAGAGAUGAUGCUCAACACCUAGUCUCUCAGUGUCUGAUUGACAAAGACAAGUACCGCAAGCAAAUAAGGGAGUUGGAAGAAAGGAGCGAUGAACUUCAAAUUGAAAUCGUACGCAAAGAAGCCAAGAUCGUCAACCUGGAGUGCAAGCUGAGACGGAUGGCCAAAGAAAAUGGUUUGGAUCAGAGCCUGCCACGAGACAUUACUCCACUAAUUAUUGCUCAGCACUUUGGGCAACCUGAUGGAAAUACAGGAGGACCUUCAGAGGACUCUGGAGAAGACACUGUUGAUGAUCAAGAGCCUAAGCUCCAGCGCAGAAGCAACCUUAAGGGCAGAAUAAACAGACCUAAAUCUCCAGCCGCUGGACCCAAAAGUCCUCACUUCCAAGCCAUGCCUUUCACAAAUGGAGAUCUGUCAGAACCUGCAGCUAAUGACAACACAAGUCUUAAUAGUGCCAGUGCAGUGAUUUCUCCUGCAGAGAUCUGCUUUAAAAAUCUGCGAUGCCGUAAUGACAGUAUCUUGUCCACUGUGCCUGAGCCUCCAGACCAGAACUCCAUUGUCAGGAGAAGCAAGGAGAACCCAAACUCACAAUACAGAUGUAUUCCCAUCUCAGACACUGCAGAUACUGACAGUGGAGACAAUGCCGACAUGGAUGACCAUGACUUAGACUUUUCCUCCUACGGGCCUUCAUCCAUCCAUUCAUCUUCAUCUUCCCACCAAUCUGAGACAAUGGACUCAUAUGAUCUGGAGCAAGUCAAUAACAUCUUCAGGAAAUUCUCUUUGGAGAGACCUUUUCGUCCUUCGUUAACAUCGGGCCCUCCUCAAAACACAUUGCGGCCAGUGCAGAGCCUUUUUCUAUCUGGAGAAAAUGUUCUGUCGGACAUCACUCUGAUCGGUGGAAAUGAUAGCGGCAUCUUUGUGUCCUCUGUCCAGUCCGGUUCUGAAACAGACCGGGCCGGAGUUAAAGUCGGACAUCAUCUUUUAAUGUUGGAAGGCAAUAUUCGUGGAGAAGUUCAAAGCGUUACUUUGGACACCUGCACCAAAGAGGAAGCUCACUGGACCCUGCAGAGAUGCACCGGACAAGUGCAUCUUCAUUACAAGUCUAACUAUGAUGGCUACAGACGGCUGCUGAAAGACAUUGAAGAUGGCACAGUGGUAUCCGGAGACUCUUUCUACAUCCGUCUCAAUCUGAACAUCUCCAGUCAGAUGGACAACUGCUCACUGAAUGUACGAUGUGACGAGGUGCUCCAUGUUCUGGACACCAUGCACCAGGGCAAAUGCGAGUGGCUGUGCUCCCGGGUGGACCCUUUCACCAACAAGGACACAGAGAGAGGCACCAUACCGAGCUACUCAAGAGCCCAGCAGCUCCUCUUGGUGAAGAUUCAGAAGCUGAUGUGUCGAGGAGGUCGAGAGGAAGCCGAAACUUUGCGAGGACUCCGGAACACUCUACAACCCGAGGAGCCCACACCGUCUCAAGACCCCAAGUCUAGUCCACGUCUGUCCAGAGCCAGCGUUUUCAUCUUUCAGUUAUUACAGUUUGUCAGCAGGGUGGAUAACAAGUACAAGAGGAUGAACAGCAGUGAGCGUGUCCGCAUUGUCAAUGGAGGAAAUCCAUCAUCAGUUUCCAGACCAGGUUUUGAAACGCUGAGGCCUGAGGACACGUCUGACCAAGACAGCGACUUAAACAAGAGCUUGAAUCUGAUCCCGUACAGUCUAGUGACGCCACAUCAAUGUCAGCGCAAAAGACCUGUCCUCUUCACCCCCAACGUCCUAGCCAAGACCAUCGUACAGAAGUUCCUUAACCUUGGAGGUGCUAUGGAGUUCAAUAUAUGCAAGCCAGACAUUGUGACAAAAGACGAAUUCCUCAUGAAACAGAAGAUAGAGCCCAUCAUUUAUUCCAAAGAAAAGCAGGCAUGCACAUAUGAAUGCAUCACCCCAGAAAACAUCGAAGCGGUUGCCUUCAAGAAUAAGCACUGCCUUCUGGAAGCCGAUCUAAACUGCGUGAAAGACCUGUUGAGGAGAGAGAUCUACCCCAUCGUGAUCUUCAUCAAAAUCUGCGAAAGGAACAUCAAAAAAUUAAGGAGGCUCCCUCUGAAGGUGGACUCUGAGGAGGAGUUCUUGAAGAUGUGUCGGUCCAAGGAGAAGGAGCUGGAGAUGCUGCCGUGCCUGUACGCGGGUGUGGAACCUGACUCUUGGGGAGGGGUGGAGGAUCUCGUCAGGAUCAUCAAGGACAAGAUUUUUGAGGAGCAGAAGAAGACGGUCUGGGUGGAACAGGACCUGUUGUGACCUGAUCACACGAGCGAGUAACUGCUCGGGUGAAAUACGUGCAAGCAGCGCAGGCAUGUGAACAGGAAAUGACUCUGUCAAAGGCGUUAAAGGUGAGGUGUGGCUCUCUCUGCUGCCAAAAAAGAAAAACGGGGACGAGGUACAAUGCGAUGCUCGAGUUACACAUUGUAAGCAGUGGAAAGGUUCUCAGCUCAGUGCUUCUUAUCUUUUAUUCUCCUGAAGCAUAGAUGUCGUCAAUAAAACAUUAUCCUUCCCAGCAUCCACCUGUAAUGCUCAGUAUGUAAACAGUAUGUACUUUUGUCUUUAUAGGCACAUUACAUAAUUUAAUAUCAGUGAUUUCCAUAUUUAUUUGAAUACAAACGUACACGUGUGGCUUAUUUCUGUGCUCAUUUCGGCUGCUACGUUAAUACUUGCCAAGGUUUUAUUGUACCUGUGGGCCAUACUGUAAUUUAAUGGCAUUAUACUGUACAUCACAUGUCAAGCUCAUGACUGUAAUUUGCAACUCUUUUUUUAUGUUGGCAUUAUUUUGAAGUCUGUUUAAGCUGUCAUUGAUUGAUGUCCUAAAUGUUAUUAUUGUGAGAGCUAUUUCUGAUGUUUACUUAAUGUUCCAUUACAGCUUGCCUUUUAGAAAUACCAUGAUUUAUGGGCACCUAUACCAAGACAUAUACUUUUUUAUAUUUAACUUGGUAACAUUUCGGAUUAAAUGCAUGUGAAUGUAUAAGCGAAUGUAUAAGGGAUUUUGGAUGAAAAGGGGUUUUCAGCAUCAUUUAAUCAUUUUUCCUGUACCUUAGAAUGCGUUAUGUUUAACCUUUUUCUUGUAUAUAUUAUUAUAAUAACCUUUUUAACCAUAAUUUACACAAGACGCCCACUAAAAUAUCACUCAGAGUAUCAUUAGUUCUAUACCAUGUUUAAGAUGACAUAAUGACAUGAAUGGCUAAUUUAUCAUAAUUCUGAAUCAUUACCAAUCUCUGCCACUAUUCAUAAAAGAAAUUGUCAGCAAAUGGGUAAAAAUACCCAUUUUAUUAAACUGUAAUAUAAUUUAGUAAGACCAGUACAGGUCAGAUGUUUAAAUUUUGCAUAUAUAAAUAUCUUUUACACUGAAUGAACAUUUUUUUACAUAUUUUGAGUUUUUCACAAAAGUUGUUUAAAACAGUUAACACCUUUCCGUGUUAACUUUGCUUUUUGUGUAUAUAAAAUCACUUUUGUAAAUUUGGUGCACCGAAAUGGUACGUCCUGUCCCUGACCCGUACAAGUCGGAUUACUUUUUAAAUCUUUAUAAUUAAAUGCAUUGCAUAUAUUUAAUUAUUUGUAGUUCUUACAGUACAAACAUUACAUUUAUACAGUGGUAUGCUCCAUUUAUUCAGUAAAGUCGUGAAAACUGUAUAUGUAAUAAUUCUAAAAUGAAUUAUGAGAAAAUGCAGGUGUCAGCUACUCAUAUUGACCCCAUGUGAUUUUAAACACACAGCAUAUUGAUCUGCAUAUAUUCAUUGUUGUUACUGAAGACUUUAAAGGGGAAAUUUAAUGUACCACCUUCAGCGCUUGUUUAUUAAAAUGAAACGGAAAUGUC